AUGGCGGCGGCGGCGGGCGAUCGCGCCUCGUCGUCGGGAUUCCCGGGCGCCGCGGCGGCGAGUCCCGAGGCGGGCGGCGGCGGCGGCGGCGGCGGAGCUCUCCAGGGAAGCGGCGCGCCCGCAGCGGGCGCGGCGGGGCUGCUGCGGGAGCCUGGCAGCGCGGGCCGCGAGCGCGCGGACUGGCGGCGGCGGCAGCUGCGCAAAGUGCGGAGUGUGGAGCUGGACCAGCUGCCGGAGCAGCCGCUCUUCCUCGCCGCCGCCGCCUCGCCGCCCUGCCCAUCUACUUCCCCGUCGCCGGAGCCCGCGGACGCGGCUGCAGGAGCGAGUCGCUUCCAGCCCGCGGCGGGACCGCCACCCCCGGGAGCGGCGAGUCGCUGCGGCUCCCACUCUGCCGAGCUGGCGGCCGCGCGGGACAGCGGCGCCCGGAGCCCCGCGGGGGCCGAGCCGCCCUCUGCAGCGGCCCCCUCCGGUCGAGAGAUGGAGAAUAAAGAAACCCUCAAAGGACUGCACAAGAUGGAGGAUCGCCCGGAGGAGAGAAUGAUCCGGGAGAAGCUCAAGGCGACCUGUAUGCCCGCCUGGAAGCACGAGUGGUUGGAGAGGCGGAACAGGAGAGGCCCUGUGGUGGUGAAGCCAAUCCCUAUUAAAGGAGAUGGAUCUGAAAUGAAUAACUUGGCAGCUGAGCCCCAAGGAGAGGGCCAGGCAGGUUCCGCUGCACCAGCCCCCAAGGGCCGACGAAGCCCGUCUCCUGGCAGCUCUCCGUCAGGGCGCACGGUGAAGCCGGAAUCCCCAGGAGUGAGACGGAAACGAGUGUCCCCGGUGCCUUUCCAGAGUGGCAGAAUCACACCACCCCGAAGAGCCCCGUCACCGGAUGGCUUCUCCCCGUACAGCCCAGAGGAGACGAGCCGCCGCGUGAACAAAGUGAUGAGAGCCCGGCUGUACCUGCUGCAGCAGAUAGGACCUAACUCUUUCCUGAUUGGAGGAGACAGUCCAGACAAUAAAUACCGGGUGUUUAUUGGGCCACAGAACUGCAGCUGUGGGCGCGGAGCAUUCUGUAUUCACCUCUUGUUUGUCAUGCUCCGGGUGUUUCAGCUAGAACCCUCUGACCCCAUGUUAUGGAGAAAAACUUUAAAAAAUUUUGAGGUUGAGAGUUUGUUCCAGAAAUACCACAGUAGGCGUAGCUCGAGAAUCAAAGCUCCAUCCCGGAAUACCAUCCAGAAGUUUGUGUCACGCAUGUCAAAUUGUCACACACUGUCAUCGUCUAGCACAUCUACAUCUAGUUCAGAAAACAGCAUCAAGGAUGAAGAGGAGCAGAUGUGUCCCAUCUGCUUGCUGGGCAUGCUGGAUGAGGAGAGCCUGACUGUGUGUGAAGAUGGCUGCAGGAACAAGCUGCACCACCAUUGCAUGUCCAUCUGGGCGGAAGAGUGUAGAAGAAAUAGAGAGCCUCUAAUAUGUCCCCUUUGUAGAUCUAAGUGGAGAUCCCAUGACUUCUACAGCCAUGAGUUAUCAAGCCCCGUGGAGUCCCCCGCCUCCCUGCGAGCUGUCCAGCAGCCAUCCUCCCCGCAGCAGCCCGUGGCCGGAUCACAGCGGAGGAAUCAGGAGAGCAGUUUUAACCUUACUCAUUUUGGAACCCAGCAGAUUCCUUCCGCUUACAAAGAUUUGGCCGAGCCAUGGAUUCAGGUGUUUGGAAUGGAGCUCGUUGGCUGCUUAUUCUCUAGAAACUGGAACGUAAGGGAAAUGGCCCUGAGGCGUCUUUCCCACGACGUUAGUGGGGCCCUGUUGUUGGCAAACGGGGAGAGCACUGGAAACUCUGGAGGCGGCAGUGGGGGCAGCUUAAGUGCGGGAGCGGCCAGCGGGUCCUCCCAGCCCAGCAUCUCAGGGGAUGUGGUGGAGGCGUGCUGCAGUGUCCUGUCUAUAGUCUGCGCUGACCCUGUCUACAAAGUGUACGUUGCUGCUUUAAAAACAUUGAGAGCCAUGCUGGUAUACACUCCUUGCCACAGUCUGGCAGAAAGAAUCAAACUUCAGAGACUCCUCCGGCCAGUUGUAGACACUAUCCUUGUCAAGUGUGCAGAUGCCAACAGCCGCACGAGUCAGCUGUCCAUAUCUACAGUGCUGGAACUCUGCAAGGGCCAAGCAGGAGAGCUGGCGGUCGGGAGAGAAAUACUUAAAGCUGGGUCCAUCGGGGUCGGUGGUGUCGAUUACGUCUUAAGUUGUAUCCUUGGAAACCAAGCUGAAUCAAACAACUGGCAAGAACUGCUGGGUCGCCUCUGUCUUAUAGACAGGUUGCUGUUGGAAUUUCCUGCUGAGUUCUAUCCUCACAUUGUCAGUACCGAUGUCUCACAAGCUGAGCCUGUCGAAAUCAGGUAUAAGAAGCUGCUCUCCCUCUUAGCCUUUGCCUUGCAAUCCAUUGACAAUUCCCACUCGAUGGUCGGCAAGCUCUCUCGGAGGAUAUAUCUGAGCUCUGCCAGGAUGGUGACUGCAGUGCCCGCCGUGUUUUCCAAGCUGGUAACCAUGCUUAACGCUUCUGGCUCCACCCACUUCACCAGGAUGCGCCGGCGUCUGAUGGCUAUCGCGGACGAGGUAGAAAUUGCCGAGGUCAUCCAGCUGGGUGCGGAGGACACUGUGGAUGGGCAACAGGACAGCUUGCAGGCGCUGGCCCCCGCCAGCUGUCUAGAAAACAGCUCCCUUGAGCCCACAGUCCAUAGAGAGAAAACUGGAAAAGGGUUAAGUGCUACGAGACUGAGUGCCAGCUCGGAGGACAUUUCUGACAGACUGGCCGGCGUCUCUGUAGGACUUCCCAGCUCAACAACAACGGAACAACCAAAGCCAACGGUUCAAACAAAAGGCAGACCCCACAGUCAGUGUUGGAACUCCUCCCCCUUGUCUCAUGCUCAGUUAAUGUUCCCAGCAACAUCAGCCCCUUGUUCCUCUGCCCCAUCUGUCCCAGCUGGCUCUGUAACAGAUAUUUCUAAGCACAGACCCCAGGCAUUUGUUCCCUGCAAAAUACCUUCCGCAUCUCCUCAAACACAGCGCAAGUUUUCUCUACAGUUCCAGAGGAACUGCUCUGAACAUCGAGACUCAGACAAACUCUCCCCAGUCUUUACUCAGUCAAGACCCCCACCCUCCAGUAACAUACACAGGCCAAAGCCAUCCCGACCCGUCCCGGGCAGUACAAGCAAACUAGGGGAUGCCACAAAAAGUAGCAUGACACUUGAUCUGAGCAGUGCUUCCGGGUGUGAUGACAGCUUUGGCGGCGGCAGCAACAGUGGCAACGCUGUCAUACCCAGCGAUGAGACGGUGUUCACGCCAGUGGAGGACAAGUGCAGGUUAGAUGUGAACACCGAGCUCAACUCCAGCAUCGAGGACCUUCUUGAAGCAUCCAUGCCUUCAAGUGACACAACAGUCACUUUCAAGUCCGAAGUCGCCGUCCUCUCUCCGGAAAAGGCCGAAAAUGACGACACCUACAAAGAUGACGUCAAUCAUAAUCAAAAGUGCAAAGAAAAGAUGGAAGCUGAAGAAGAGGAGGCUUUAGCGAUCGCCAUGGCGAUGUCAGCGUCUCAGGAUGCCCUCCCCAUCGUCCCUCAGCUGCAGGUGGAAAAUGGAGAAGAUAUUAUCAUCCUUCAGCAAGAUACACCAGAAACUCUUCCAGGCCAUACCAAAGCGAAGCAACCUUACAGGGAAGACGCUGAAUGGCUGAAAGGUCAGCAGAUAGGCCUCGGAGCGUUUUCUUCCUGUUACCAAGCACAAGAUGUGGGGACUGGAACUUUAAUGGCUGUGAAGCAGGUGACGUACGUCAGAAACACAUCCUCGGAGCAGGAGGAGGUGGUGGAAGCGUUGAGGGAAGAGAUCCGGAUGAUGGGCCACCUCAACCAUCCAAACAUCAUCAGGAUGCUGGGGGCCACGUGCGAGAAGAGCAACUACAACCUGUUCAUUGAGUGGAUGGCGGGUAUGUGCGCUCUCUGAAGAGGGUCCUGCGUGCCCACAAGUGACCGGAUGCCUCACUUAUCAAUACGUUAGGUCUCUAAAAACAAACCACUCCUAAUAUAAAGCUAUCCACAAAAAAUACUGUAUUUUAAAUCUAGUAAAUAUUAAAAUUUUUCAUCUUGCUGUUUUGUUUUGUUGUACUUAGAAUGGAGCCCAGACCUUGUCCGUGCUAGGCAAGUUCUCUGGCACCGAGCUGUGGUCCCCAGCUCAGCAACCCUUCUUAAGAGUGAUUUUAGGGCUUGGUGUAGAAGAAUUUUUUUUCCCCAAAAAAAAUCUGGCUUGUUUAAAUCCCAUGUUUCUCUUUAAUAGUCAUCACUAAUUGUAUAGAUUAUGUUCCUGUAAGAAUGUUCCUAACAAUAUAAAUAAAGUUACUAAGCGGGACCUGGGCCUGCAGGCAGUGUACUCAAGAGGCCAAGGCAGAAGGGUGGUUGGUCCAAGGGGGGUAUGGCCUGAGCCAUAAUAGGUGAGAGUCUGUCUCAAAUAAAUAAGCAAACCUAAAUAAAUUCAUGUUUAAUUUGAAAACUUAACUGAAGAUAAAACAGCACCGGGACACAAAGUUAAACCUCCCUCUCUUGAACAUAGAUGGAGUUCACUUCUAUAAUCUAUGUAACAGUGACUCCAGCUAGGACGCCUAGGUUAUCCAGCCAGUUGUUAAGUGCUCGUAUGGUUUGAGAGUGCAUCUCUAGUUCAUGUUUGUAUGUGCUUACUAGUGUGCCCGUGUGCGUGCAGAUGUCAGAGGUCUGAGACGGUGUGUACCUCCGUCACUCUCCACCUUUGUUGGGAUACAGUCUCUCUCUGACCCCGAAGCUCAUCAGUUGGGCUAAGAUAGCGGGCCUAUGCUGAGGCCACAGUGUACAGUUUUGAUAGAGGAAAUCAGCUGGACUUUGAACGCGGGCUAUGAGCAUACCAUUUCAUACGAGCUCAUCUUGUCGGCCUGAGAAGCUAGAGCGUUAAGAAGCCGGGCUCGGGCU